AUGGCGACGGACACACUCGCUUCUGAUUUCUGUGUGCCCAUACCUCACCCGACACUGAAGAUUGCACUGACACCGCCUCGCGAGUCUGAUCGCGACGCCUCGGUCGCCGGCAUCAACGACCCGGCAGUUUACAUGAACUUGAACAGCCCACCAUAUCCAUAUACCGACAAAGACUGGGCCGAGUGGUAUGCCAUCAACGGCGGCGCCUCGGACGCCAACCUGGCAGAGUUGAAAGCAAUCCAUCAGGAACAGCCACCAUCUGUUGUGGCCUCACGUGACUGGUCGACGAGGGGGUGGCUCGGACAGAGACCGUGGACCUCGACGAUCCGCGACGUCGUCGACGGGAGGUUCAUCGGCAACAUUUCCAUGGGGAGGGAGACGUUCAUGUACAUUCUCGACCCCGAGGAGAGACAAAGAAGGAAAGAUGAAAACGACAAGUUACAGCCUGGCGACCCAAGAAUACUCUGGAUGAUCGGGUUUUGGCUGGUACCAGAAUAUCACCGUCGCGGGAUCAUGCCGGCUGCUCUCAGAACCCUGCUGACUGAUAUUGCCGUCCCGUACAUGAAUGCGCAUACGGUGCAUGGGGGAUAUUUCGAGAACAACCUUGCCAGCGGAAAGGUGUUUGAGAAGACCGGAUUCGUCUUUGAGACUUUUGUACCGGAUGUUUUCACCAUCAACCCGGCAAAGCUCAACGGCGUGGAAGGUAAGAAAGUUGGGACGGGGAUCAUGAAAUGGGAGCGCCAUUCGGCGGGCUGA